GAAUUCCUCUUGUUCAGGAAUUUGGAGAAGCUGGUGAUAAUUGCAAGGUAAUUAAGGAAACACAUACACUUGGGUGCCAAGAAAAGAUGGAAUUUUCCAUGUUUUUCAUUCUAAGCAAUACCCUGCUGCUGCUGAGUUCUUCAGCAUUUGGCAAAACAGUUAGCCCUCCAGCUCCGACCCCGACCCCAACUCCGGCGCCGGCCCCAGCACCAGACUAUGUGAACCUGACAGAGCUUCUAACCGUUGCGGGUCCAUUCCACACAUUCCUCAACUACCUUGAAUCCACCAAAGUGCUUGACACAUUCCAAAACCAAGCCAACAACACUGAAGAAGGAAUCACAAUCUUUGUCCCAAAAGACAGCAACUUCGCAUCAAAGAAGAAGACCCUAUCAAACCUCACACAAGAGCAGUUGAAGCAAGUGAUCCUCUUCCAUGCACUGCCACAUUUCUACUCUCUUGCUGAGUUCAAGAACCUUAGCGAAACCUCAACUCCCACAUUUGCAGGUGGAGAUUACACAUUGAACUUCACGGAUGACUCUGGAACCGUUCUCAUCAAUUCAGGUUGGGCAAAGACAAAGGUAACAAGUGCUGUUCAUGCCACAGAUCCUGUUGCAGUAUACGAAGUUGACAAGGUGCUUCUUCCUGAGGCCAUCUUUGGAACUGAUAUUCCCCCUACUCCUGCACCUGCACCAGCCCCAGCUGUUGCACCGGCAGCAGAUUCGCCAACUGAACACAGUGCUGAUAGCAAAGCUUCAUCUCCAUCAUCAUCUCAGCCUGAUGGAUCCUCUGCUGCCAAGACCAUCAUCAGCCAUGGGGGCUCCCUUGUCCUUGCCACUUUUGGUGUGGUGAUGAUGCUCUUGUAAGGGCCAAGGGGGGUGUGCCCUCCAUUUGAUUUCAUUGAAUAUUUAAUUUUUAGAUGAUUAUUAUUAUCUACCUAUGGUGGUGUGCAAAUUGUCUUUCAUUUGAAUAUCCAAUUUUUUUCUGAACAUACAAGUGUUAUUCAUAUUCUUCUUCUUCAAUACAUGUAUGUGUAUGACUGAGGAUGUGAUUGAUUUUUACUAUAAUACUAUUUUUUUGUUCCUUU